AUGCAUUUCUACACAGACGGUGGUGGUGGUGGAGGGUUGUGGCGGCCAUGCGUUUCUACACAGACGGUGGUGGUGGAGGGUUGUGGCGGCCAUGCGUUUCUACACAGACGGUGGUGGUGGAGGGUUGUGGCGGCCAUGCGUUUCUACACAGACGGUGGUGGUGGAGGGUUGUGGCGGCCAUGCGUUUCUACACAGACGGUGGUGGUAGAGGGUUGUGGCGGCCAUGCGUUUCUACACAGACGGUGGUGGUGGAGGGUUGUGGCGGCCAUGCGUUUCUACACAGACGGUGGUGGUGGAGGGUUGUGCUUUUCGCUGGGCCUGAUCCGGACGGCGGAGGAGGAGUACCUUAUCUCUCCUCUUCCCAAUCACCUGGCAGCACGUCAUAACUACAGCGCCCCCAGUGGCCGACAUGCACAUGUCAUCUACAAACGCUCUGCUGAGGAACAGGUGCAUGGUCGCCGUGGCAGCACACGGAACCCUCACGGGGACCACCAUCACGGCCGUCACCACGGGGACCACCAUCGCGGCCGUCACCACAGACGCCACCAUCACCCUCACCGGGGCCGCCAUCACGGUCAUCGCCAUGGACACGGUCGCCAUGGUGAACAUCACCAUCCUCACCGGGAACACCAUCACAACAGCAGCCAUGGACACGGUCACCAUGGUGAACGUCAUCAUCAUCCUCACCGGGAACACCUUCACAACGGCAGCCACGACCACCACCACCAUCACCAUCAUCAUUCUCACCAGGAACACCAUCACAACGACAGCCACCACCACCACCACCAUCACCACCAUCACCAUGAUUACCAGCAUGGGAACCUACAGAGGCAACACUUCUGCGGACGCCGCAAGCAAUUCACUCCUCAGCCACCGAGCGAUGAUCUCUUCGUCAUGCCUGAUGAGUUUGAGCCUCCAGGCCGAAGCAAGCGCUCCCCGAUCUCGCUCUCGUCCAACAGCGUGGGCGGCGGCCUAAACGUGGAGACUCUGGUGGUGGCCGACAGGAAGCUGCUGGAGAAGCACGGCCGAGACAACAUCACCACUUAUGUACUCACUGUCAUGAACAUGGUUUCCAGUCUCUUCAAGGACGGCACCAUCGGCACGGACAUCAACAUCGUGGUGGUGAGCCUGCUGCUGCUGGAGCAAGACCCGCUGGGUCUGUCCAUCACGCACCAUGCGGACCAGUCUCUGAACAGCUUCUGUCAGUGGCAGUCGGGCCUGAUGGACCGCGGUGGGAGGCGGCACGACCACGCCAUACUGCUCACCGGCCUGGACAUCUGCUCAUGGAAGAACGAACCCUGCGACACGCUGGGGUUCGCUCCCAUCAGUGGGAUGUGCAGUAAGUAUCGCAGCUGCACCAUAAACGAGGACACCGGGCUCGGACUGGCAUUCACCAUCGCACACGAGUCUGGACACAAUUUCGGUAUGAUCCAUGAUGGUGAGGGUAACCCGUGUCGGAAGGCGGAGGGCAACAUCAUGUCUCCCACGCUGGCCGGCCACAACGGCGUCUUCUCCUGGUCCGCAUGCAGCCGACAAUACCUCAACCGCUUCCUCGGCACGGCGCAGGCCUCGUGCCUGGGUGAUGAGCCGCGGUCCAUGGGCCAGUUCAAGUACCCCGAGCAGCUGCCGGGACAGCUAUACGACGCGGACACACAGUGCAAGUGGCAGUUUGGAGCCAAGGCCAGACUAUGCGGCCUGGACUUCGUUAAGGACAUCUGCAAGUCCCUGUGGUGUCACCGUACAGGUCACAGGUGUGAGACCAAGUUCAUGCCAGCUGCAGAGGGGACCAUAUGUGGAGCGCAAAUGUGGUGCCGGCGGGGCCAGUGUGUGAGGUUCGGUGAGCACGGUCCGCGGGCGGUGGAUGGCCAGUGGUCGAGCUGGUCAGAGUGGUCGGACUGCUCCAGGACCUGUGGAGGCGGAGUCAUGCACCGGGAACGCUCCUGCAACAGCCCCAGUCCCCAGUACAACGGCAAGUUCUGCGCGGGCUCCAGCCGCCUGUACCAGCUGUGCAGCAGCAGGCCGUGUCCCAGCGGCGCAGUGGACUUCAGGGCACAGCAGUGCGCAGAGUACAACAGCAAGCCCUUCAGAGGAUGGUACUACAAGUGGAAGCCAUACACCAAGGUCGAAGACUCUGACAUCUGCAAGCUGUACUGCAUCGCGGAGGAUUUCGAUUUCUUCUUCGCCAUGUCCAGUAAGGUGAAGGACGGCACCUCCUGCUCUGACCAGCGGCCCGAUGUCUGCAUAGAGGGCAUCUGUGAGUCUGUGGGCUGUGACCAGGUGCUGGGCUCCAAGGCCUCGCUGGAUGCGUGUGGCGUCUGCAAGGGGGACAACUCCACCUGUCGCUUCCACAGGGGACAAUACACACAGCAGCACAGGGCCAACGAGUACUACGUGGUGGUGACGGUGCCGGAGGGUGCGCGUAGUGUGCAUGUUCAGGAGAUGGAGGUAUCCAGCAGCUACCUGGCCGUGCGCAGCCUGAGACGCCACUACUACCUCACUGCUGAUUGGACGGUCGACUGGCCGGGGAAAUUCCAUUUCGCCGGCACCACCUUCCACUACCAGCGAUCCUUCAACAUCCCAGAGAGCCUCUACGCCGCCGGACCUACAAACGAGACCCUGGUGUUUGAAGUCCUGCUGCAGGGUAAGAAUCCUGGAGUGAGCUGGGAAUUCACGCUGCCCCCCCCGGAGAGGAAACCCAACUACACCUGGGGAGUCAUGCGCACAGACUGCUCCGCACCCUGCGCUGGAGGUCGAGUCUCAACAAAGGCCAUCUGUCUGGAGGAGCAGCGAUCUCAGGUCAACGCCUCGCUCUGCAACCCCCACACCAGGCCUGCCCUCAGCUCCCACCUCUGCAACACACAGCCCUGCCCGGCCUACUGGACCACGGGCCAAUGGGGGGCGUGCAGCCGGUCGUGCGGGGGCGGGCAGCAGAGCCGCAACAUCCGCUGCCUGCGCAAGGUGACGUAUCAGCGGGACGAAGUGGCCCCACACACACUCUGCCCCGUCAUGGCCCCCGCGCAGCUGCAGCCCUGCAACACACACUCCUGCCCCCCCGAGUGGGGCACCGGCGCAUGGACACAGUGCUCCAAGACGUGUGGCCGUGGGCUUCGUAAGCGAGGGGUGUUCUGCCGCAGCACUGACCCGGGAGCGCGUGCCGUGGUGGUGCCGGACAGCAUGUGCAAGCAGCACCAGAAGCCCCGGGCCCAGGAGGCCUGCGUCCUCACGCGCUGCCCCAGGAACGAGCGCCUCCAGUGGGUCACCACACCAUGGAGCGAGUGCUCUGUGUCGUGCGGGACGGGCGUGCGCCGACGGGAGCUGCGAUGUGGCGAGUCAACCACUAGAGGGGGCUAUGUGGAGUUCCCCGUCAGGCGCUGCCGUAACUUGCCCAAACCCCCGUCCGAGCUUCAGCAGGGCUGCAGCAGUGGGCCCUGCCCGCCUGCUCCUGCCCCUGGGCCUGGUGGUCAGACCCCCAAUGCUGUGGUCCUGGGAUGGUACUCUUCACCAUGGCAACAGUGUUCUGUGUCGUGUGGCGGUGGGGUCCAGACCCGUUCUACCCAGUGUCUGCGGCAGGGUCGCCCCGCAUCGGGCUGCCCGCCCCACCAGAGGCCCACCAGCUCCAGGGCCUGCAACACACACUUCUGCCCGGCCCCUCCUUCCCACGGGAACGCACACACACCCACGCGAAAAGGGGAGAAGCCUUGUCUGGAUUACUUUGGCUGGUGCCACCUGGUGCCACAGCACGGCGUCUGCAACCACAAGUUCUACGGGGAGCAGUGCUGCCUCUCCUGCUCCAUGAAGAAACAAUGA